AGCAAAAGAAAAUAAGGGGGUGUUUCUGGUUAUUUGAAAAUUAAUGUAUACAUACAUAUCUAUGUAGUUUGAAAUUUAUAUAUAUGUUUCGGUGUACAAUUGAAGUUGUGUUGCAAAAAUGGAAAGAAUUUUAUUGUCGAAUAUUGCCGCAAUUCUAGUCAAAGAUGUAUUGAUAGAUGAUAACACAAAAAACACCCGCAAUUCUUUCACAAAUGAGUUUCCGCUUCUCGCUAGUGACACCGAUGAUGAAGCAUUGCAUUUUUUUCUGAAACAGCAGAGAAAUGCUGUCAAGCGUAAAAAAGCCGAGGAACAUAAAACAAGUACAGAUAAUCCAAAUGGUAAAAAAUGUAAGAAAAAUGUGGUUGAGUCAAGCGCUCCAACUUCUUCCGACCAACCAAACAAUGUAGUAGCCGUGCCGUAUGAACCCAUCAGGCGACAAAGUUUUGUCGAAAUAAAUUUGUUAAACAAGUUUAAUACGACAGUUUUUGAGGGUUACUUACAUAUGAGUAAAAUGACAUUUUUGCGGAUUUUUAAACGUCUGCGGAUGUAUCUACCUAACGAACAUGUUCCCACUGCUGCACCGCCACAAUCGAUUUUUUCACUUGCCCUUUGGAAAUUAUCUACGGAUGAACAUUUCGAAGAUAUUGGACGUAAAUUUAACAUAACAAAAUAUGUUUGCCAACAAGUAAUCCGUUUAUUUUGGCGACGGAUUUCCGCACAAUACGAUUCUUUCAUUCAAUGGCCUAGUACGCCACAAAAACGCAAUAACGCUAUAACAAACUUCCAAUCAAAUCCAAAGCUAAACAAAUUUCGACAACUCUUUGGUAUUGUCGCUAUUAAGCAAUUGGAUGUUUUCCUCGAAGCAGAGAAUGAAGAAAGACAAGUUGUAUUGCAAAUCAUAUGUGAUGCUGAUCAAAAAGUUAUUGAUUGUUUUUUGGUGCUAAAAGAUGACUACUCUUUUGAUGCUUCGCCGAUUGGACAAACAUUAGCGCUAAACGUACAAACAAUGCCACAAGGCAGUUAUCUUAUUGGCGACGAAAGCUUUCCCCUUAAACCGUAUUUAAUACGGCCGAUAGGUGAACCGAUUGAUGACAAUGAACUGGCGUUCAAUGCAGCUUUGCAACCCGCUCUAAAUAUUGCCCAACAAGUGUUGGAUGCAUUGGCAAAACGUUUCAACGUACUUUACGCUUUAGAAGCACGUAAUCUACAUGAGGUACGAAAAAUUGUCGAUACAGUAUGUGCGCUGCAUAAUCUUUGUAUAGAAGUGGAAGAUGACUAUGUUGAACGGAAAUUAAAAGAUAUCCAAUUUAAUUGGGCAAAGGGGUCAUUUAGUCGAAAAGGGAAGACCGGAAAUGAAAAUGACAUAUUAGGACAGCAAAAGCGUGCUGGAAUUAUGGAAGAUAUACAAAACUGAUCGAAUGUAGAAUAAAUGUAUACUUAUUGAUUAUUAUCGAACAAAUAAUGAAUAAAGGAGGUUUUGAAUAAAACUAUUGUUAGUUUCAGCACAAACCUUUAUUCCUACAUAUUAAUUUCUUCUGUUGCUUUUCCUAUACGCUAUAAAAUACUAACAUUACAACAGUUACAUUGAGAGGGAUGUACAUAAGUAUGUCUACAAUUUGUUGGCAUAUUAUUACCUUUUAUUGAUGCGAAAGUUAUUUCACAACUUGGCUGCACAAUUGUAAAUGAUUUUUAAACUGAAAUACUUAAUUAACAAUCUAAUAAGGUACAUAAUCGAAAUAUAAUAGCUUUUAAUAUAAAUAAAAUUCACUAUAUAAAUUAUAUAUGUAUGUACGUAUGGUUUUGUAUAAUAUUUUUAAAAGUUGUUUUCGAGAUUCAAAUUAGAGAUAGUUUACAAUUUACGUAUGUAUAUGUGUAUUUAUGUUUUUAUGCACAUAAAAUAAAAUUC